GAUCGUAGACGCGCUCGGAAACAUUGAGUAUCACUCUGGGAUCGAGUGGGUGUACGUUAAUUUAUGAACGAAGCCAUAUAGCUGUUUCUUCCCGCGAAGUUCUAAAUCAAAACAAACACGUUGUGUGUUGUAUAUGGGUUUUUUUUUCUCAUUUUUUGUAAAGAAGAAAAACUAGUAUAGUUCGUGUUCAAUAUUUAACGUAUGUGAAGUGAAUUUUCUGGUAUGCUAAUUAUACUGCCAUUUUCAAAAUAGAAAUAGUGAAAAGUGCAUCCUUGAUACGACCAAUGAGUCGAGGGAAACAGGACAACAACAACAGAAGGGAAGAUCACCACCGAAAACAGUUUUCAGUGCCAGGAAGCGUUUGGCAGAAUCACAAAGGGAAAAAUAAAAACAAGUGAUAAAUUUCAUAAUAUACCACCAGAGAAGAGUGGAGAGAAGAAAAAAACCGUUGCAAUUUAGCAGCCAACCUGGCAGCCAAACACACCCGCCUCGAGUGAAUGUAUUAUUAAGAAAAGCGAAGACGUGUGCGGUGUUCGUAGAAAUUUCCCCCCCACGAAAGGCCAAGUGGGCAAAUAAAAAUAAAAAACCGGUCGAAAGCUCCCUAGUGCACGAUCAAGCUCAGUCUAGACCGAACCAGCAGCCGGGCAGCUGGAGAAGGGAAAACAGUGAGCAAGCUGAGCCGAGCGAUAGAUAGCGAUACUACGAAAAACUUGUCGAGUACGGAUUAACUGCCGCAAGUGCCAAAUCGAGUUACGCCGGGAUAGUCGAGUGUUUUCCGAUUUGGGUUUCGAGAGUAAUGAAAGUGCCAUAACGGAACGUUUUAGCGACAACAUCCACAUUAGGAGAAAAAUCAAUUGCUUAGUGAAAAUUUAAUAUCGGAGAAAAAACUUGAUAGUCGAUAGCAUCAAUAGAGUCGAUUCAAGUUUAACUGGCAGCUUUGGGUGAAGAAGAACUAGGUCAUCGCGGUAUCCCGAGGGACAAUUUUCCCAUUCGGGUCGACUUUCCCCAACCAAGUCGGGGGAAACCAGUUUAGCGUUUCCUUUACCAAAUCGCCUGACUAGCUACUUAAGGGUACAAAAUAAGCAUUAGCCCGACAGAAAAGCGCCAACUUGGCAAAACUGGUCAAUGUCAAUGUCGAUGAUGGGAGAUAUGGUUCAGAGAAGUAGAACGAUCUACUUGACCAACAACCCACCGGUAGUGCCAACAGUAAUGUCCCUGGAGGAAUCUCGACGCACACAGCGCCCCUACCGGUAUGGAAUGAUACUGCUGUGCGUGGGUGCCCUAGUCAACUGGCUGGGCCUGGCGGAACACUACUCGGAACCGAUCCGUUACACCGGGGUAGCCUGUAUUCUUGCCGGGGCUUGCCUGAUCUGUACUGCCAUGUGCUGCUGGUUGCAUACGCCUAAUCGAGCGGGAACGAAUGAGAAUGACGAUCCCAUUCACGUAAUUAGCUCGGCCGAGGAAAGGCGAUGCGAGAAACCACCGGACUAUGACACAGUGGCCGUAGCUCCUCCAAGCUAUGACGACGCCAUUAAGCUGAACCCGGCAGCACUUAUGGGCCAUAAUCCGAUUGGACCGGUUUCGGAACCGGGAUCAGUAACGGACAACAGUUCCAGCCCCACAACCGGUGGGGUAGAUAGCGCUAACAACUCCACAUCAACUACCGCAGCAGCCAGUAGUCCUAGUCCAACCAGUAGCAGUUCGUCGCCGUUUAGCUUUAGCAGCAUCUUUCUGGGUCGAUCCCAGAGCCAGAGUCCCCAGGCAUCCGGAACGGAAUCCAGCCAAGAAACAACAGUCACGGCGACCGUUAGCACUGAGAAUGAAAAAAUCCGCGAAAAACCCCCACCGUACGAAGCGCCCUCGAGUGUUGCCGCCAUUCCGGCGCAACUGAACCCAAUGAUUGUGGUUCCAUGCAGCAACUAAGUAAUCAAUUGGGAGGGGUUCCGCGGAUGUCCAAGAUGUGUUCAAGAACCCCGCUCCACUAUACGUAUAGAAAUCGUGUAUUCGAAAUAAGUCCUCAACUGGAUCCUGGCCCCAAAUUGGAACCAGUGACCGCAAGGCUGUGCUCAAACUAUUUUUUUAAUCAUACAUGUGUACUUAGUAUGUAAGCGCCCUUCUUUUUCCCCCGUGUAAAAUGCCCUCAUUACUAAGUCACUACCGAGUUACGGUUAGUGAUUCAUCGAUACAACUAGACGAAGCAAUUAAUUGAAUGCAGAUGAGAUUUGUUAAGCAUCCUUAAAUCUUCUAAUCUAGCAACGACUGAGUAUAAUUCAAUCGUGUUAACUUAUGAUAGUGCUGAUCAGACUUUAAAUCGACCGAUUUUGUUUGAUAUCAACCAAAUUCGAAAGAUUGCAGAUAUUCUUCCAAAACAGUAUUGUUUAAUUUCAAAUCAAAUCUCAAGCAACCAGUCAAAAUUACACCAAUAAUCAAAAACGGACAUAUAACAAAGUUUCGUGUGAUGUCGAUCACAACAUUUCUGGUAGAAAUUAUGUUUGCCGAAUCGAUUUGACAAUCAGAGCUAGCGGAAGGUGUUAAUUUCUUCUGUACAAAAACGGUAAACAAGCACAAAAAGUAAUAAAAACCCACUAAAGAGGAAAAAACUACAGCUAAACCAAAACGCAAUGGAAAAAUACGAUUUGAAGCCAGAGUAAAACGUAACAAAAAAAAGUUAUUUUUGUCUCACAUUAGGAUCGUUAAGUCGGAUCGUUUGUAACUCGAUUUCGUUGUUUAAUUGACGCGAUAAUUAUCUGCCGAGUUUUUAACAAAAGUAGCGUCUUCAAUCGGUACCAUCUACUUAAGAGCGAAAGGGCAACCGUUACUUAAAUCCAUAUGUAUCAUAUAUCGAUCAUAUCAUAACCAUGUUAGAAGCAGACAGUUUAGAUAGGAGUGAAUUUUGAACUGAAACCGCUUAAAACACGUUCGAAUUUAAGCUAGAGUGAGGAAUAAACGUAGAGUAUUGCAUAUAGGCAGUAAAAAUAAAUAAAAUACUUAU